AUACGACAUGGCCUACUCAAGCGUUGUGGAAAAGCCCCAAAUCUAAAGGGAAACAGACAAAAAGAGCAAACCCACAAAACAGCUUCCUAGGUUUUGUCACUCCAACACAACACGGCAAACGCACCUUGUCUCUCUCCCUCUUUCUCUCUCUCUCUCUCUCUCUCUCUCUUUCAGUUUCAUUUCAUCAACUUCCCAUUAAAACUAAACUUGAAGUUUCAACUUUCACCUUCAAAACCAAAACCACUUAUCAUCCCCAUCCCUCAUUUCACCUUUUUGAUGUACCAUUCAUACAUUUAUAAUAAUAUACCCACUAACUGAAAAUGAAAUUUCCUUUAAAACCCAUUUCGUGCGUUCUCUCUUCAAUGAAAGCUGCAACAUUUCAGGGACUUUGAAGAGAAAAAGCCCAGAAAGUGUGAAUUUCUCAGAUCAUCCUUUACCUGAACGUUUCUUUCAUUUUCUUCAAACUUCUAUUAUAUAAUCAUUGACAAAAACAGCCCACUAUCAUAUCAUUUCAUAUUACUAUACACUUCACAUGGUAACUACGUACUUUCCUUUUCUCCUUUUAGCUUUUUCUUUCUUUCUUAUUUUUUCUUUAGCUUAUAACUCAUGUCACAUGUUGUUUCCGCAUUUGCCAAGAUUCUUGGAAAGGAGAAUUUUGAUUUAAUUAUUCCAAAUUUCUCCUUUCUUUUUAACCUUAAUUUCCUUUUUCUUACUUGCCCAUUUAGUAAAGUUUUGAUUUUGUUUCUCCCUUUCUUAUGAUUUUAUUCUCUUCAUAAUCCACAGCCUUAUAUGGGUUUUGUUCUACUUAGAACUAAAGUUUGAUUCUUUAUGAUUCUCUUUAUAAGAUGCUGUUGGAGACCCUUUGAUGCAUACAGAGUAGUUUUGUGGUUUAAAAUUUUUCAAAGUACAGUACAUUAGAAUUGAUAUGAAGAUGGCAUUAGAGGAGGGUAAGGAGCCUGGUAUUACUAUUAGAUUCAAUCAAACUAGGCCUUUGCCACUGAGACUCGUUCAAAUUGUCUUGUUGUUUUUGGUUCUGGGUCUUGGGAUGUCUAUCAUUAGUAUGUAUAUGUUUCGAUACUUUGGCAUCCAAAGUAUACCUGCUGCUGCUGUAGAAAGGUCCAAUAUAAUUUUCCCUUGCUUUGAGGAACCAAAUACUUUAGAGAAUUGGAUUAAACCGCCAUCAGACUUGUUGCAUAAGAUGAAUGAUACUGAAUUGUUUUGGCGUGCUUCGUUCGUGCCUCGAAUAAAAGAAUAUCCUUUCAAGAGAGUUCCAAAGAUUGCCUUCAUGUUCUUGACAAAAGGACCAUUGCCAUUUGUACCUCUUUGGGAGAGGUUUUUCAAGGGGCAUGAGGGCCUUUAUUCAAUCUAUAUUCAUUCACUGCCAUCAUAUGUUGGAAACUUUUCACAAUCAUCAGUGUUCUACAGGCGACAAAUCCCAAGUCAGAUAGUAGAAUGGGGAAGAAUGAGCAUGUGCGAUGGUGAGAGGAGACUCCUAGCAAAUGCAUUGCUCGACAUUUCCAAUGAAUGGUUCAUCCUCCUAUCUGAGGCAUGCAUUCCUCUCCACAAUUUUAGUAUCAUCUAUCGAUAUAUAUCAAGAUCAAGGCACAGUUUUAUGGGUUCAUUUGAUGAAAAUAGUCCAUAUGGUAGAGGACGCUAUAAUUGGAACAUGCAGCCUGAGGUCACACUUGAACAGUGGCGUAAAGGGUCUCAGUGGUUUGAAGUAAAUCGCAGAUUCGCAGUUAACAUAGUUGAGGACACAACUUACUACCCUAAAUUCAGAGAUUUUUGCCAGCCAGCAUGUUAUGUGGAUGAGCACUACUUCCCUACAAUGCUGACCAUUCAAGUUCCACAUCUCUUGGCAAAUAGGACGCUAACCUGGACGGAUUGGUCAAGGGGUGGGGCGCACCCAGCUACAUUUGGAAAGGCUGAUAUCACAGAGGAAUUCUUCAAGAGGAUGUUUGAAGGACAGUCAUGCACUUACAAUAACCAGCCAACAACUGUGUGCUAUCUUUUUGCAAGAAAGUUUGCUCCAAGUGCUUUAGAACCUCUACUAGGUCUAUCAUCUAAAGUUUUUGGGUUCUGACAUAGGCUUGGUUAGAUAUUUUGAGCAAAUACUUCCUAGGGAAUGCAAGAUAUGCUUGCAAGCUAGUUGCUAAGCUUAGCCCCCAGUCUAUCUAUGGUCUGGGUGGCCUAUUUCAAAUGAGUUUACAGGGUACUUAAAGAAACAAUAUGUCAAAGCAUUUGAGAUGUAUAGAUAAUAGUUCCUAAAUUACACUUCUUAAACAUCCAUGUUUAGUAACAUCGUAUCUUUUACCAGUUGCCACCUAA